AUGAAACUCAGCAUUUUUGCAGCAAUCUUCAUGGCAUUUGUAUCAUUGAAUCAAGUCUUUGGUUCAAUGACUCACAGUGUCAAGAGCAAAGAAGCAAUCAUAUCAGCUGAUGAGUCUUUGGUCAAACCCAUUGACGCCGGCCAAGCUCAGCCAGAAGGAUGUCCAGUAUGUGCAAGACUUGGAGUCCUUUGCCCCUAUCACUACCGCGCGGAUUCUUGA